UGGCGUGGGCAGGCAGGCAGGCAGGCGUUCUAAUGGACAGCGGGCGACGAUACCUAUGUAGCGAUGUCUUUUUUGCUCACCUUCCAUGCACUCCUUACGCCGGAUUUUAGGUUCGGUCCGAGGUUUGGGAGCUACUGUGGGGAUAGCAGGGUUUAUGAACUCUUUUUUUUUCCCUUGGGAUGAGACAGGAUGGGAAAUGUUUACUGUAGCUUGGGUUCGGCAAAGCCAAGACCCAGCGCCUGUUGUGAAUCCUGUACCGAGUUGUCUGUAAGUGCUUGGGUGUCCCCCGGUUCUCUCCUGCUGAUUCAGCUAUGUUUUUUGUCUUUGUGUCAUGUUUAAUGAUAUCCCCCAACCCAGGUGGCUCGCAGCGCCCUAAUGGGAUGGGCUCCGCUGGAGUUAUCAUCUUGUCUGAUGUGGUUCAUGUGUUUCGCGUUGGAACGCGGCAAGGGGUAUUCAGCAGCCAGCGGAGGGUAGCAAGCUCGGGACAAUGGAGCUGGAUGGGUGGUGAGAUGGAUGAAGGGAAAGCAAUGUGUAUGUGUAUAUCUGACUUUCACCUGGAAAUGCUGCAAGAGAGCGACAAGGCUCACCUUGCGAUGGGAGAAGGGAAACAAAGGGGAACGGUCGAGGAUACCGUACCAAGGUCACAUUGUCAAGGACUCAAGUGGAUGGACGUUGAGUUUUACUAAGAAAGCCAAUCGGCUGCUGGCAAGAAAUCACAUCCCCAUCAUGAUCACAUA